AUGGUUGAUAUUGUUAAGGGGGGUCACAUGGAAAUACAAAUGUCAAAGCAAGAAGAAAGUUCUCUACCUCCGAUUGUGACUAAGAAGCCCGAGGAAACAUUUCUACCCUAUCAAACUGGUGUAUUAAAGAAAUUGAAGAAGAAUACACAUCCAUCAUCUCCUGCUUACACGGUGAAACCUCAAAUAACUAGAAAAGGUGUUAUAUUUCGAGCAGUUCAAGAACACGUGUCUCCUGCAUCGAAGAAAAGACAGGCUGAGGAUAUGGCAAAACAUAUUUCGAAGAAACAGAGGAAGAAACUUCAAAAGUGUGUGAUUAAAGAUGAUUCUACUGAAGACGAGGUCAUUCCAAAAACUCCAAUUUCAAUCACUUCAACUGUUGCAACAAUUUUCCAUGUUAUCAUGACGAUUGAGCCUUCGCAAGUUUCUACACAAACUCCAAUAGUUCUUACUCCACCUGUGGUGUCUGAUGUCGAAACUACCCAUCCUCAAGGUACUUCUCAUACUAUUGUUUCUUCUACCUUCGAAACUUCCACCAUUGACACUUCCACAACCUUACCUCCAUUUGUUUCUACUCCUAUUGAUACCCACUCACCUACUUUCGAUAACAUUCUUGAUCAACCUAUUACUUCCUUAUUUUCUUCACAAUCCACCAAACCACCUGUUACUCAUGAAGAAACUCAAACUCCAACUGAUGAUGAUGAGAAUUUCUUCGAUGACACUUUUGAUGACAUUCAGUGGCAACUGUAA